AUUGCGCUCGUGUACGCGCCCUCGCCUGCACGCCCAGCGCCUCACUGUCCCGUUAUUCCCGGGUCUCCGCGAGCAGCGGUGCUGACCCAGCGGUCCGACAUGUCGCAGCUGCCCGCAGUCAGCAGCGUCCCGCAGACGGGCGCAGCGAGCGGCGACCGCGAGCUCCCGCAGGCCGAGGUAGGCGGCGAGCGGCGUGCGCUCCCGGGUCCGGCGCGACCGGAGGAGAUCCGGGAAGGCCCGAUGGCGGCGGACCGGGAAGGCCCCGCAGCCCCGGCGGCGGCGGCUAGGGGAGGCCGAGUAGCUGCAGCCCCAGAAGGCAGGGCGGCAGAGGCCCGGGGAAGCCCCGCGGCGGCGGCCCGUGGCGGCGCAGCGGCCCGCGAAGGCCUGGUGGCGGCGGCGUCCAGGGAAGUCCGGAUGGCGGAGAUGGCCCGGCUGCUGGGCGAGCCGCUGGAGGAGGAGGCUCCGGAGGGCAGGCCCCGGUCCCGGGCGGGCGGGCUGGCGGCGAUGCCGUACCUGCGCUUCCGCCACCCCCUCAGCGUCUUAGGCAUCAAUUACCAGCAGUUCCUGCGCCACUACCUGGAGAACUACCCGAUCGCCCCGGGCCGAAUCCAGGAGCUGGAGGAGCGCCGGCGGCGCUUCGUAGAGGCCUGCAGAGCCAGGGAGGCUGCCUUCGACAUAGAGUACCUGCGCAACCCCCAGAGGGUGGAUUUUGACAUUUUAACGUUUACUAUAGCCCUAACUGCGUCAGAGGUGAUCAAUCCUCUAAUAGAAGAACUGGGUUGCGAUAAGUUCAUCCACAGAGAGUGAGGAGUCGGGCUGAGGGAUGGGCAUGGCACCAAGACCUCCGCAUCCAAGUUAAACCCCAUCCCGCAUCUUGGUUUUUCAGAAGUCAAAAAAGGAACUUGACAAUGAGGCAGUGCAUCGCUGGAGGGGGAAAAGCGUCAGAAAAAUUGGGGGUGAAAUGUCGAAAGCACCAUAAGACUCCUAUACCGUUUCUUGAGUUUAUGAUUGGUUGAGAUUUGUGUUAUGGAAAAAGUCCAUCCUCGUGGCUUCGUUAAUAAGUAAAGGGUGGUUUUGUAGAACUUUAAAGACGUAAAAUUGCCAGUAGCAGAGCCCACGACGAAGAAAGAUCAGCGUGAAGAGUUAAAACUGGUUUUAGGACCAAGUUUAUGUCAAGAACUUGACCUUGUCAGAACACACAGUCUUCACGUCAGAGUCAACAAAAGUGUAUAGUGUAAGGCGGAUUCUGUGUUUCUGAGACAUUGCGAAUGGCAAGCAACAUGAAUAAUUGUAUAUAGUAUGUGAUAAAUUGUGUUUUCAAACAUA